CGAGCGAGGGAGAGAAUGGCCGCAUUGUUGAAAGCAUGUCAGACACACUCUCUGGUGCUCUUUAAAAUAGCUCGAGGUGACGGACGAAGAGUGCUGCUUCCGCUUCCAGCCAUCUUUGAAGGAGGAGAGCAGAGGUUUUGUGUUCUUCGUGCAAGAAGGGAGGAGAUGGACAUGGCGGAUGACGACGGUCGCAUUAGAACUGGGACGGUGUGGACUGCGACAACACAUGCUAUUACCGCAGUCAUCGGAUCUGGAGUGCUUGCAUUACCUUGGAGUGUUGCUCAGAUGGGAUGGAUCAUGGGCCCUAUUGCUCUUGUUGCAUGUGCCUAUGUAACUUACUACACUGCCAUUCUACUCACUGAUUGCUACAGGACCCCUGAUCCAGUGAAGGGCAGGAGGAACUACACAUACAUGGAUGUCGUUCGAUCAUGUCUCGGACCCAGAGAUGUAUUCAUUUGCGGCGUUACACAAUAUGUGAUGCUAUGGGGAACUAUGAUCGGGUACACUAUCACAGCUGCAACAAGCAUGAUGGCAGUUGUGCGCUCAAACUGCUACCAUUACAAGGGCCAUAAUGCAAGUUGUAGUUCAUCAGGAACCUUGUACAUGAUCAUAUUCGGCAUACUGGAAAUAGUGUUGUCACAGUUCCCAAACUUGGAGAAGAUAACACUGAUAUCGGUUGUGGCUGCAGUAAUGUCGUUUGCCUACUCGUUCAUCGGGUUGUUCUUGUGCAUCAUGAAGUUUGCUUCACACCAUUCAAUCGGAGGGACAAUUCUCGGAGUUAAGGUCGGGGUUGAUAGUGUUUCUGCAUCGACCAAAGCCUGGCACUCUUUGCAGGCUCUCGGAAAUAUAUCAUUUGCAUACACUUAUGCCAUGCUUUUGAUAGAAAUCCAGGAUACACUUAAAUCACCUCCACCGGAGAACCAGACAAUGAAGAGAGCUACCUUUUAUGGAAUUGGCGUAACAACAGUCUUCUAUGUUUCACUUGGUUGCAUUGGAUAUGCUGCUUUCGGAAACGAUGCUCCCGGGAACGUCCUCACUGGAUUCCAAGAACCCUUUUGGCUUGUCGACAUAGCUAACAUUGCAGUCCUCAUUCAUUUAAUUGGAGCUUACCAGGUGUACGGGCAACCAAUCUAUGCCAAGUAUGAGGGCUGGCUUGCUAAGAAGUGGCCAGAAUCAGUUUUCUUCCACCAUGUAUACACAUUGCAGCUUCCUUUACUCAAAGGCCAAGCUCUCCAGUUUACGCCGUGCAAGCUCGUUUUUCGCACAGUCUUUGUCGUCAUAACAACAGUGAUAUCUCUCAUGCUACCAUUCUUCAAUGCAAUUCUGGGACUGCUAGGAGCAGUUGCAUUCUGGCCAUUGACGGUGUACUACCCAGUGACAGUGUACAUGGCACAGGCCAAGAUCAAAAGAGGAGAGUGGACAUGGGUGAUCCUCCAGUGCUUAAGCAUGGCAGCACUGGUGGUUUCUCUGUUGGCCGCUAUCGGCUCGGUCGCCGACAUUGCACAACGUUUCAAGCACGUGACCAUCUUCAAGAUCGAGCUUUAGGCGGUAUCGUCACAGUGCUAUCUAUUA